GACAAAGUCCACGUUCAAAUUUCCCAGUAAUCCCUUCAAUCGCCUUGCUGUUGAUUCUGCAGGAAAGUUGCGUUCAGACUUUCUCGCUUAACAAUAUGGGGGCGCUGUCGGGCUGGGUGUGUCUGGUGACGGGGGCGUCCAGAGGGAUUGGGAAAGGCAUCGCUUUGCAGCUGGGAGAGGCCGGAGCCACGGUCUAUAUUACUGGGAGGAACAGUUUGACGCUGGGAGAGACUGCUGGAGAGGUGGAGGCUAGAGGCGGGGCUUGCGUGCCGGUGACCUGUGAUUCGUCAAAGGAUGAUGAGAUCAGGAGCCUGUUUGAUCGAAUCGGGAGAGAGCAGAAAGGGAGGCUGGAUAUCCUGGUGAACAACGCGUAUGGAGGAGUUCAGACUUACUUUGAUAACUUGGGGAAGACAUUUUGGGAGAUGCCCCCCUCGGUUUGGGACGAUAUGAACAGUGUGGGGCUGAGGGGUCACUAUAUCUGCUCGGUGUACGCCGCUCGGAUGAUGGUUCAGGCGGGGCGGGGCCUGAUUGUCAUCAUUUCCUCGACAGGCGGACUCCGGUACGACUUCAAUGUACCCUAUGGAGUGGGCAAAGCAGCAUGUGACCGUCUGGCCUGUGAUGGCGCUGUGGAGCUCCGGGGUGCGGGCGUGGCCAUGGUGUCUCUGUGGCCGGGGGCCGUGCGCACUGAGACCGUCCUGGAGAACGUGCUGAGCAGAGACCCGGGUUCAAAGGCAGAGGAGGAGAUCUGGGAGGUGUUUGAGAGCGCUGAAACUCCAGAGCUGAGUGGGAAAUGCAUUGUGGCGCUGGCGGCAGACAAGAAGCUGAUGUCACUGAGCGGGAAGGUUCUGUUGACCUGUGACCUCAGCAGGCGCUACAAUCUCCGAGACCUUGACGGUCGUGAGGUGCUAGACUCCACCUCUCUCCGGUUCCUCUUCUCUCGGGUCCCAGGACUCUCCUGGCUCUCCCCCUUCAUCCCCUCGUUCCUCCGGGUGCCCAAAUUUGUCCUGACGCUCACAGCCAGCAAGUUCUGAGCCGGUCUGCGCGGAACACGGAACACGGAACUCAGAACCCGGAACCAGAACACUUAGUGCUAGUACCGUAGAUGAGCGCGUUGCUAGGAUACACAUUUCAGGCCUCUCUAUUCGCUGCGGACAAGCCAAAUCACAAGCAGGCAUAUUCAUGUUUUCUUCAUUUAAAAAUGAAGGCAAAACGUUUUUUUGUUUUUUUUUAAUCUAUUAACUGUACUGAUUUAGCUUGUGUUUCGUGUUGUGUUCGGAUUAUACGGCAAUAUUAUAUAAAAAAGAGAAGCUGAAUUUUGUACCAUAGUUAAAUUAAUCAGGAUUUGUGAGAUUAAUUCAAAUGUUUUGCUUUUGGGACAUACACAGUUAAUCGUAACAAACAAACAGUGGUUCGGAUGGAAAUUACUAUUGUUCAAAUAUAGUAUUAUUAUUAUUAUUAUUAUUAUUAUUAUUACAAUGUGAAAGGCACAUCUGUAUUGUCAGUUGUUAAAAACGUCGUAUUUCUGUUUUUUCAUAAUCGGAAGUGUUCUAAUUUGAAUGUAAUUGUGGCUUUUUGUUCAUUGUGUACAGCGGUGUUUUUAAUUCUUGGAUCUUCUCUUAAAAAAAGUGAAUAUAAUCUGGAGCAUAUAACUAAGAACGAAACCUAGAACAUAGAACCUGGAACAAUGCAGAACCUAGAACACACUGGGCCACUACCUUAAGUCACAACAUGCAUAGCCUUGAGUCUAGAACACAUAGUGUUGAACUCUGAUCACAGCCGCCUAGAACACACUUAAAAUCUAGAACACUAUCUAGUACACAGAAUACACACCCUGAAACGAUGACCUAGAAUACAGGGUUUAUAACUCGGAACACUACACCUAGAACAUGGAACUUAGAACACACAGAACCUGAAACGCGGAACACAGAACACAGAAAUGGUUGCUGAUUUCAAAGCACUUAGAACAUUUUAUAGUUAAGCUGAAAUCUUCACCUGUUUCAGAACUGAAAACAAUUAAAACUGCCUAAUUAAGCUAAGUUUAGUUAAGUAAUUGAGAGCUCAGUUGAAAUGAAAACCACAGACACGGGUCCCACUGACGCAAGCCAUAGAACCUAGAACCUAGAACAUAUAACCUGGAACCGACUCAGGAGGCUGUGUGGUCCAAUGGUUAAAGAAAAGGGCUUGUAACCAGGAGGUCCCCGGUUCAAAUCCCACCUCAGCCACUGACUCACUGUGUGACCCUGAGCAAGUCACUUAACCUCCUUGUGCUCCGUCUUUCGGGUGAGACGUAG